AAUACUAUAACACACCAAAAAAAAAAAAAAAACCAUCAACGGCAAAGCAACUCACGGGAUCCGAUCAGAUCCGUUAAAACUCUCUCUCUCUCUCUAUCUCAUCGUUCUCUAUCUUCUCUCUCUCUCCUCUCUGUGAGGAGGAGUGGGGGAUUCGAGAUGUGUCCGAUCGAGAGAGCUUAGCUAGGGUUGGAGAAAAUCUUGAGCUUUUAACCCUAGAGUGCAUGAAGAUUUGGUGCUGCCUAUGCUUCAGCGAAGAAGACGAGUCUGGAGGGGAAGAAGAUAAUAAAGCGGAAGCCAUGGAAGAGGUCGAUUUCGAAAAUGAGGGUAAUUUCGAGAUCAUUAUUGGAAAUGACGGUGAGAACGGGGAUGUUCCGGGUAUGGAGCUAGUUGCUGUUGCUGCUGCUGGUGGUGCUGAUGGGCUUGACCCUGAAGAACGUGAGCCAGACCAGGACGACCAUUUGAGAUUGUUUGAAGGGAUGGUCCAAGCUGUGCGCGUUGGUGCUGGUGUCCAUUGGGACGACUCCGUCAGCGUUGGUGCGCUUGCCUCGUUGAAAGCUUCGAUGAGAACCUCUCGCCGUUCUAAAGGCGAGAGUAGCUCGGCUUCUUCUGCGGUUGCUUCCGAAGAUUGUGAUCACGACUCCCACCAUAAGAGAGCCAAAGUUCACUCCGAUUUUCAUGAGUGCUGUUAUUCAUCUGCAAUUUCUUCAGUUGCUGGAAAUUCUAGUUCAUCUGGAGACAGGCAUUAUGAUAUUACUCAUGGCUCUUAUGUUGCCUCCAAAAAUGAGAUCUUUUAUCACACUUUUAUGCUGAAUAAUGUUGGUGAAGAGAAUCAAUUUGAUUCUAGUGGUGGGAAAGACAAUGAAGGAGAUACUAGCGGCCCUUCAAAAACAGAAGAUUUAGAAGUUCGGAUGGAUCUUACAGAUGACUUAUUGCAUAUGGUUUUUUCUUUCUUGGACCAUCUAAAUCUUUGCCGAGCUGCUAUAGUUUGUAGGCAAUGGAGAGCUGCUAGUGCUCAUGAGGAUUUCUGGAGGAGUUUGAAUUUUGAGAACCGGAACAUUUCUGUUGAACAAUUUGAGGAUAUGUGUCGGCGGUAUCCUAAUGCCACAGAUGUGAAUGUCUCUGGUACUCCUGCUAUCCAGUUGCUUGUUAUGAAAGCAGUUUAUUCAUUGAGAAAUCUUGAGGUUUUAUCUAUUGGGAAAGGAGUACUAGGCGAAAUCUUUUUCCACUCCUUGGCAGACUGUCAUGUGUUGAAGAAAUUGAAUGUCAAUGAUGCUACACUUGGUAAUGGUAUUCAGGAGAUACCUGUGAACCAUGACAGAUUGCGUCAUCUUCAACUGACAAAAUGUCGAAUGAUGCGUAUAUCAAUAAGGUGUCCACAACUUGAAACAUUGUCCUUGAAGCGCAGUACAAUGGCACAGGCAGUGCUCAAUUGCCCUCUUUUGCAUGAACUUGAUAUAGGUGCUUGCCAUAAGCUUUCAGAUGCUGCAAUUCGUUCGGCAGCUAUUUCUUGUCCUCAACUAGAAUCUUUAGACAUGUCAAAUUGUUCGUGCGUGAGUGAUGAAACACUACGUGAAAUAGCUCUUACUUGUGCCAAUCUCCGUGUUCUUGAUGCUUCCUAUUGCCCAAAUAUAUCUUUAGAGUCUGUAAGACUACCCAUGUUGACAAUUCUCAAGCUUGACAACUGUGAGGGGAUCACUUCAGCUUCAAUGGCUGCAAUAUCUCACAGUUAUAUGUUGGAGGCUUUGGAGUUAGACAAUUGUGGCUUGUUGACAUCUGUGUCCUUGGAUCUUCCACGGUUGCAGAAUAUAAGACUAGUACAUUGUCGCAAAUUUGUUGAGCUUAAUUUACGGAGUAUCGUGCUGUCAUCAAUUAUGGUCUCUAAUUGCCCUCUUCUCCAGCGCAUCAACAUAACUUCAAAUACACUUGAAAAACUAUCAUUACAGAAGCAAGAGAGCUUAAAUCAAUUAGCAUUGCAAUGCCAAUCUUUGCUAGAAGUGGACCUUACAGAUUGUGAAUCUCUGACAAAUUCUAUAUGUGAUGUCUUCAGUGAUGGUGGUGGAUGUCCUAUGCUUAAAUCUUUAAUUCUCGCUAAUUGUGAGAGCUUGACAGCAGUGCAAUUCUCUAGUACUUCUUUAACCAGUCUUUUGCUAGAUGGUUGCCGGGCAAUUACUUCUCUUCAGCUCAAAUGUCCGUAUCUCGAGAAAGUUUCUUUGGAUGGUUGUGAUCACCUUGAAAGAGCAGAAUUUUGCCCUGUUGGUCUUCGGUCACUCAAUCUGGGAAUAUGUCCGAAACUGAAUGUACUUGGUAUUGAAGCACCCAAUAUGGAGGAGCUUGAGUUAAAAGGAUGCGGUGUGCUGUCCGAAGCCUCCAUUAAUUGUCCACUCUUAACAUCUUUGGAUGCAUCCUUUUGCAGCCAACUCAAGGAUGACUGUUUGUCUGCGACAACUGCUUCUUGUUCAAAGAUUGUUAAAUUAAUAUUGAUGUCAUGCCCCUCCAUCGGUUCUGACGGACUCUACUCAUUAAGCUGCCUUCAGCAUUUGACUGUGCUCGAUUUAUCCUACACUUUCUUGACAAAUUUGCAACCAGUCUACGAGUCAUGUGUAAAACUCAAGGUGUUAAAAUUACAAGCAUGCAAGUAUUUGACCGAUUCAUCACUGGAACCUCUUUACAAGGAAGACGCCCUACCAUCCCUCCAAGAACUGGAUUUGUCUUACGGAACCCUCUGUCAGUCUGCAAUAGAGGAGCUUCUUUCUUGCUGUACUCACCUUACUCACGUGAGCUUGAAUGGCUGUGUGAAUAUGCAUGACCUGAACUGGGAUUGCAGUGCUGGUGGCCAGCUUUCUGAAUUACCCAGUACUUCUGUCACAUCUAGCAUGUUUUCACCCGAGAUCGAGGGCGAAUCUGUUCAGCUGCCAAAUCGCUUACUGCAGAACCUCAACUGUGUUGGUUGUCAAAGUAUUAAAAGAGUUCAUAUUCCCCCAGCGGCACGUUGCCAUUUAUCAUCACUAAACCUAUCUCUCUCUUGUUAUCUAAAGGAAGUUGAUCUUGCUUGUUUCAAUCUCUGCUUUCUUAAUUUGAGCAACUGCAACUCUUUGGAGGUGUUGAAGCUCGAUUGUCCUAGAUUAACUAGUCUAUUUCUUCAGAACUGCAACAUUGAUGAAGAAGCAGUCGAAGUGGCUAUAUCGAAAUGCAGCAUGCUCGAGACUCUCGACGUCCGCUUUUGUCCAAAGAUAUGCGCAAUGAGCAUGGGAAAGUUACGUGCUGCAUGCCUGAGUUUGAAGAGAAUUUUCAGCAGCUUGUCACAUUCGUAAAUUUAGUGAGAAUUGUCUCCUCUUUUUUUGUUUUUCUUUUUUUAAUUAUUUUUUUUUGUUUUUAUAUUUAAUGUUAAAAAUGCGGCGAAGUGGCUUGGCUAAUUCAUUGAUGAUGGGGUCACCUGUAUUUGUAAAUGUAAUGUAUUUUGUUAUUUGUUUGAGUAUAUAUAAGGUAUUUGAUGAUGAUAAUGAUGUAGCUUUCUCUAUAUGUAAUAUGUUACAAUAAAAA